AAAUCCACCAGCCACUCCUUGGAAACCCCAUAGGGCAGUUCAACUCUGUCCUAUGUUAGAAUCGAAUCGACUCAAUGGCAAUGGGUUUGGUAGCUGGUUUUGCUUAGUUUGUUUCCUUCCCCAGGGCAACCAGUCGCACCAUGUCUGUGACCAGUGGGACGACGGGGCCAUCCCUGACCCAGGAGAUCCUUGGCCAUCUGGGUCUUGCUAACAAGACCGGAGCUUGGGGCACUCUGGGCACCCUCAGGACCUUCUUGAGCUUCAGUGUGGACAAGGAUGUACAGAGGCUGCUGAGGGCAAUUGCAGGACAAGGUGUGGACAGGGCCACCAUUGUGGAUGUGCUGACCAAUCGGAGCAGAGAGCAAAGACAGCUCAUCUCUAGAGCCUUUCAGGAGCGCACCCAGCAGGACCUGCUGAAGUCCCUGCAGGCAGCGCUCUUCAGCCACCUUGAAAGGAUCGUGGUGGCUCUGAUGCAGCCGGCAGCCCAGUUUGAUGCCCAGGAACUGAGGGCAGCUCUGAAGGGCUCAGGUUCUCCUGAGGAUGUGGCUGUGGAAAUUCUUGCCACCCGAGCUCCACCCCGGCUGCAGGAGUGCCUGGCCGUCUAUAAACACGAUUUCCAGGUGGAUGCUGAGAAGGACAUCAAAUCUGAGACCAAUGGCAUCCUGCAGGACCUGCUCCUGGCUUUGGCCAAGGGAGGUCGUGAGAGCUACUCUGGGGUCAUUGACUACAACCUGGAGGAACAGGAUGUUCAGGCAUUACAGCAGGCUGAAGAACCUGGCGCGGAGUGGGCAUGGAUCCUAAUCCUCACCCAGAGAAAUCAUAAACAUCUGGCCCGAGUGUUUGAUCAGUACCAGCGGUACACUGGGCAACAGUUGGAGGAGGCUGUCCAGAACCAUUUCUAUGGAGAUGCCCAGGUGGCUCUGCUCAGCCUAGUCUCGGUGAUCAGGAACACACCGCUGUACUUUGCUGACAAACUUCACCAAGCCCUCCAGGAAACUGAGCCCAAUUACCAAGUCCUGAUGCGCAUCCUCAUCUCUCGAAGUGAGACUGACCUCCUAAGCAUCCGAGCUGAGUUCAAGAAGAAAUUUGGCAAGUCUCUUUACUCUUCUCUCCAGGAGGUAGUGAAAGGGGAUUGCCGGUCAGCCCUACUAGCCCUGUGCAGGGCUGAAGACAUUUGAGACCUCCCUGUUCCCCACCUCCAAACUGAGGUUCCUCGAUUUGGCUGAGCGUGCAGGAAGCCAGCUGGACCUCCAGAUAGGACAAACCCUCCCUGAGCACCACAAGCACCAGCUUCUUGUUGAGGCUGGAACUCCAAGUUUCCUUUAAGUCCCUCAAUUUCUCAUCCCAAAGUGAUGUCUGCACCUGGAUCUUCUGGCUCUGUCCUGGGUGUGGGGUAAUGGAAUCUCUUUGAUGGUUUCUGCCCAACUCAUCCUUCCCACACCUUUUGGGCCAGAACAGCUCCCUGGUACUUGAAUUCUUUUGGCAAACUUCACUGUAGGCUGUGUUCCCUGACUGAAGUUUGGGUGGAGCAGGACAUGGGCUGGGCGGGAGCCUUGGAGUUGGAGGUGCCUUUGAUGUGCACGUGGGUAUUCAAAAGGAAUCCUGUUUCGGGUCCCAGCGCUGUAGUUAUCAACAUUCCGCUUUACUUCUCCCCCCACCUCCAUUAUUCUCUCUUCCCCCGGAAAUUUCAGGCAGAAUAAUUGAGAAACAGGCACCAAGACACAGAAAUAAGAAUAAAUGGUUAAAAUGAAAGGAGGUCCAAAGUAGCACGGAUGAUGUGUGAACUGGGAAGCAGAGGUUAGGUGGCCCUCUCCCGCCUGGGAAGUCUUGGGUUAACAGGUAGCACAACCCCAAAUUCAUCUGUUGAAAGCAGGGACUUGGAAACCCACCCCCCAAAUUAGAGCACUGCUUCCUAUAAUG